AUGGUGAAAGAAGAUCGCACAACAUGGAAAGCCAAAUAUACAAUGCGUUUGACGCAAUAUUUGGAUGAAUAUCCGAAAGUAUUCAUUGUCGGUGCUGAUAAUGUCGGUUCGCGUCAAAUGCAAAAGAUCCGUGUAUCUCUCCGUGGCCAUGCUGUUCUUAUGAUGGGAAAAAAUACAAUGAUGCGCAAAACAAUUCGAGGACAAACAUCGAAAAAUUCAAGUUUAGAAAAAUUAUUACCACAUGUCUAUGAAAACAUUGGCUUCGUUUUUACAAAAGAAGAUUUGCAUUCUAUUCGCGACAAACUUUUGGAAAACAAGGUCGCUGCUCCAGCCCGUGCUGGUGCUCUUGCACCUGUUGACGUCACCAUUCCGGCGCAAGUAACAGGCUUAGGUCCAGAAAAAACAAGCUUUUUUCAAGCACUUCAAAUCCCAACAAAAAUUACACGUGGUACAAUUGAAAUCAUUAAUGAUGUUCAUUUAAUUAAAAUUGGUGAAAAAGUUGGCGCAAGUGAAGCAACACUACUCAAUAUGUUGAACAUUUCACCUUUUAGUUAUGGUCUCAUCAUCCGUCAAGUUUAUGACUCGGGUUCAAGUUUUCCACCAGCAGUACUCGACAUCACCAAAGAGACUUUACGUGCAAAAUUUGCAGAAGGUGUUCAACGAUUAGCGGCUUUUUCACUUGGUGUUAAUAUUCCAACUCAAGCAUCCGCACCACAUCUCAUUCUCGGUGGAUUUAAACGUUUACUUGGUUUGGCUGCUGCAACUGAUGUUGAAUUCGAACAAGCUAAAACCUUGAAAGAAUUCUUGAAAGAUCCAUCGAAAUUCGCCGCAGCAACAACAGCAGCAGCUCCAGCUAGUGCACCAGCUGCCGCAGGUAAACCAGCAGCUGCACCUGCUAAACCAGCUAAACCCGCUGAACCAGAAUCCGACGAUGAUGAUAUGGGUGGUCUUGAUAUAUUUGGUUAA